GAAGAUGACGACAGGAAAUCCAUGUACUAAACUGAGGUUAUGGCACUUGGCGUUCUUUGAACCAGCUAACAUCGUCGACAUGUCCACACCGGCACCCCCAUCUUCUGCCCGGCAGCAGCCUGCAGGCCCCGCCAAGAAGCAUGGCAAGAAAAAAUCGAGGAAUUCUUGGAAAGCCGGCUUCAAAAGCACACCUUCAUCACCCUCACAAUCCGCAGUGGACACUCGGACGGCUGGCUUAAGCGAGACGAAUAUGAAUACGAAUGUCAACCAUCCCAAUAGUAAUACCCUUGUCACCAGUAACAGCAACUUAAAGACGACCAUUGCACAAUCAAAUAGCCUUUCGUCUAAAAACAUGGUAGCAAAACCAAGUCAACUGAUGGAGAACUCCCAGCACAGCUCAGGGCAGGACCACAAAGAGAACAGAAACCCACAUUCGCCACUCAGUAAUGAAUCUGAGGUGCUUAACAAGAAUACAACGAGUUCAACAGGGGCGACGACACCGAAGAAGAAUGACUUUUUACAGAGCCUGGAUAUUCAGCUCAUCAAACUUCAGCGGAGCGAAGAGCGUGGACAGCAGAGUCCACCAGCAGGCAACAUGGACAUCAAGUACAACAGCGUCGCGUCUAAUGUGUCCAGUACAGGUGGAUCUAGCAAAGUAUUUGAACAUGAAUUAUCUCAAAUAUUAAAGGCGCCAACAUCAACCGUCCAACCUCCAGAGAGUUCAAAGGUUAUGCUUGAUGACCUCAAGCUAAAGAACUUGCUUGGAUCAAUAUCACCCUCAAACUACCCAACGGUAUCUCUAUGGGACUAUCUCAAGGAGGAGCUGACGGCCGCGGACUUUGAAACAACUCAGGAACUGAAGAGAGAGCGGGUAGCCAACUUUCUUAGUGUACCUAUCGCCUUUGAAAAGAUGCUUGUCUUCGGCUACUUUGUGUGCCUGGAUUCGUUUCUCUACACCUUCACUAUCCUUCCCGCACGGUUCUUCCUGGCAACAGCUGCACUUUUCCGCUAUAUCUUUUCACGUACAUGGUUCGCCAAAGGAGCUGAAAGGACUCGUCUCAAAUCGUCACAAAAAUGCGACCUCAUUAAAGUCACAUUAGUUGUCAUAGCGUGCACGAUACUGCAGUCUGUCGACGCCUCGAGGACGUAUCAUUUCAUACGCGGACAAAAUGCGAUGAAACUCUACGCUAUCUUCAACUGCCUGGAGAUCUUUGAUCGCCUUUGCUGUUCAUUCGGUCAGGAUAUUCUGGACUCGCUGUUCUCCAAGUCGACGUUGGGCAGCCAUCCCCCCAAAGCCAGCUUGACAGCGUCGCGGCAUGCACGCCCUAUCACAUUUGUCAUCCUGGCUAUUUUCUAUAUCUUGGCGCAUACCAUGGUCCUCUUCUUCCAGAUGGUCACUUUGAACGUAGCUGUCAACUCUUAUUCCAACGCCUUGCUGACGUUACUGAUCAGCAACCAGUUUGUUGAGAUCAAAGGCAGUGUGUUCAAGAAGUUUGAGAAGGAAAACCUCUUUCAGCUGAGUUGCAGCGAUAUUGUCGAGCGGUUUCAGCUGUCUGUGUUUGUCGCCAUCAUCACCAUUCGCAAUCUCGUGGAACUCUCAGCCUCUCCACCUUCGCCUUUUUCUGUGUAUCCUCAGUCAUUCGUGCCGCUCUUUUCCUCGAUGACAGCUGUUGCGCGCCUACUGACGCCGUGCUUCUUGGUCUUGGGAUGCGAGACUCUUGUCGAUUGGUUGAAGCAUGCAUUUAUCACAAAGUUCAACCAGAUCCGCCCGAGUGUGUACGGUCGAUUUGUUGAUAUUUUGAGCAGAGAUCUGGUCUUUGGCAGCCCUGCUCGUCUUGCCGGUCGUAAUAACCAACAACAGAUGUUUGUGGAUCAGUCGCCCAUGGUGUCGCGCCGUAUCGGUCUCGCAGCACUGCCGUUGGCUUGCCUUGUUAUCUGCGUAACUAUACAGACGCUACAAAUGGUCCUGUCGAACCAUCCUAAUGACACUGGACGCACGCUUGUUGUCGUAGCGGAGACUAUGCCCGCUGCAGCGGUGUCCUUUGAAAAGAUUUCUUUUGAGUGGAUCAUGCCUCUGGUUGAUUUUUCCUCUGGACCGUCCGCAGCAUUGUCAGGAGUUGCCGAGAUCUUUGUUUCGCUCUUCAGGUUUGCGUCGGCAGUGCUUAGCCAGAGCUCCGUUGUGUUGGGUCAUAUGGUGGUGACGUGGGCCCAUCGAGCCGGUAUCUCACAGGAACUCGGCCGUCGAGUGAUGGAAUAUGCGGUCAUUGGUUUGGCAUGCUUGGCAACGUAUGCGUGCCUUGUAGCAUUGAAGUUGCUAAUUGGGAUCAACUUGCUUGGGUUUGCACACCAUCGAUACUUGACGAUGGAGUCACGAGAGGAAGUCGAGCGACAGGCAGACAGGACGAUGCGCGAGUCGAAUGCGGUACUGGAGGAGAAGGCAGCGAGUGCGGCCGUGUCGGGUAUGCUUGAUGGUCGAGGAGGGCAUGGAGGAGGGGAUGCAUAUGUGCUUGGAGGAGAUAAACGAGCGGUACAUGGACUGGACACGAUCGACCGGUACACGUUGUUCAAGUCGCGCAUACCAUAGGGCCUUUGUUCCUUCCAUUUCCUUAAAAUAAACGUGCGAGGCAAGUGUUGUUUGUAUGCAUGCCAGCUGCUUGGUCA